AGACAGGGUCUCACUGUGUUGUCUUGGCUGGUCUUGAACUCCUGAGCUCUAUUGAUCCUCCUGCCUCAGCUUUCCAAAUUGCUGGGAUUACAGGCAUGAGCCACUGGACCUGGCCCCCAAGGUUUUUACUGGGAGCUGAUCAUGAAGGCACCCUCUGCCUAACAUGUUUCAAAACUCCAGACUCUGAGAAGGAUAACAGCUAUUUAGCAUAAGCCACAUUGUUUGUAAAGUUUAGGCACUGUGAGCCACUUUAAACUGGUGGGAAUACUCUCAAAAGCCAAGUUCCCUUACGCCAGGCAAGGGUCAACCUUGCAGUUGGGCCUCUCCAAAGACAGCAGCCUCAGGUCUGCUAUGUUAAGUUUUUUUCUGUACAGUAUCAUAAGCAAAUGGGUUUUUUAUUUUUUCCAGGAAGACAUGGUUGGUCAUACCUCUGAAAAUCAACGUAAUUCAUAUUAGCAGAAUAAAGGAGAAAAAUCAUACAGUCCUCUCAACAGAUUAAGAGAACACACUUAAUAAAAUAUAUCAUAAGCCUUUUAGCAAACUAGGAUAAUAAGGGCCUUUCUUAAUCUGAUAAACAGUAUCUACAAAAAAUAUCUAUAGCCACCAUUUAAUGGUGAGAUAUUGAGUGCUUCCCCUGAGGUUAGGAACAAGACAAGGCCAUCCAUCAUCACCACUUACAGUCAACAUUACACUGGCAGUCCUGGCAGUCCUGACCUCAUGAUCCACCUGUCCUGGCAUAGAGAUUGACACCGCACUGUCGCCCAGGCUGGAGUGCGGUGGCGCGAUCUCGGCUCACUGCAACUCCCUUCCUGGGUUCGAGCGAUUCUCCUACCUCAGCCUCCCAAGUAGCUGGAACUACUGGCGCGUGCCACUACGCCCGGCUAGUUUUUGUAUUUUUAGUAGAGACGGGAUUUCGCCAUGUUGGCCAGGCUGAUUUCGAACUCCUGACCUCAGGUGAUCCAUCACCUCGGCCUCCCAAAGUGCUGGGAUUACAGGCGUGAGCCACUAAGCCCUGCCAGCAACACACUUUUACCGCUGCAAAUCCGAAGCCCAGCUCACAGGCCGUCUCUUGGAAACUUAGAUUUCCACCUGGGAGCACUUUGUCCUCUCAGCUCCCACUGCACCACUUUAUGGAUCGCGUGGUGACUCGUUUCAUUUUAUUUAUGUGUGUGCCUGGAAAGGACGCUCUAUUUCCCUCGUGUCUCUACCUGGUAGGUAAAUCGGCCGCAGAAAAGACCAAUGCUAACUCCACCCCGCAUCUGCAGAGAUCCGUCGCUCACACCGUUUCUUGUCUUCCGUUGAAAAAAGAGAAUCGUGGGAGUAGGACCUAUUUGCCAAUCUCCUGGUAACACCAUCACAAUUGGCCACUUCCGCCCAACGCCCGGUAGCCCGAGAGCCUCCAAGGUCCUCCCCCACACCCCCGAGGUCCUGCAGACGACGGCGUCGUGGGUGGUCACUGUUAUCCCUUAGGUCUGGAGAGGAGACAUACGAGCGAGGGCCAUUUGCGGCCAGGCCCGAGCUCGUUCCGCUCCGGGUGACCACAGAGUGUUGCGGGCGGGCAGAGGGGCCGGAAACCCAGGCCGCUCCGUCCCUGUUUCCGGCAGCACCGCGCUGCUCCGGGAGCCGCUGUGGCAGCGUAUGCUGCCACGGGGACUGAAGAUGGCGCCGCGAGGUGAGAUUCCGGAGGUAAACGGUUGUCCUCCACCCCGCUGGAAAUCCUGUUCUUUCUGAACGGGUGGUAUAAUGCUACCUAUUUCCUGCUGGAACUUUUCAUAUUUCUGUAUAAAGGUGUCCUGCUACCAUAUCCAACAGCUAACCUAGUACUGGAUGUGGUGAUGCUCCUCCUUUAUCUUGGAAUUGAAGUAAUUCGCCUGUUUUUUGGUACAAAGGGAAACCUCUGCCAGCGAAAGAUGCCACUCAGUAUUAGCGUGGCCUUGACCUUCCCAUCUGCCAUGAUGGCCUCCUAUUACCUGCUGCUGCAGACCUACGUACUCCGCCUGGAAGCCAUCAUGAACGGCAUCUCGCUCUUCUUCUGUGCCUCAGAGCUUUUACUUGAGGUGCUCACCUUGGCCGCUUUCUCCAGUAUGGACAGGAUUUGAAGUACAGAAUUUCAGCCAGCAGCCCAUCAUGCUGACACCACACAUAUUGCUUCUGGUACUAUAGCCAUACCAGUGAGAAUUGGUGGGGCAAGCUGUCCUGAGAAAGGCUGUGUGGCUUUUCUUCAGCACAGACAUUUGGGUAAGCAACUCAGCAUAAGGCCAGUGGGUACCAUCUUCUAAACCAGGACCAUCAGCCCAAGAGACUCUUCUACACUCCAGUAUAGGGAGGGGCAAGGUUAUUCCCAUCCUGCCCCUUCUCAGAACCAGUCACCUGCUGACCUCAAGUUCUCCUCCUUGAUCACCGUGGCCAGAGCAUCUCGUGUGGACCAUCUAGGCUCCUUGGACUUCAAGCAGGACCUGAGCCACAUGCUUCCUGUAUGAGCUGUGCCAUACCUGUCCCACAUGAGCACGGAGAGCCUCAUGUUGGUGGGUUUCCAGAGUGAUGCGAAAGCCUCUCACUCCAAUCCUCGGAGACUGAGUUCCAGAACUUUUUUAGUAGCUCAUAGUGUUAUUUUUCUACUCUCUUUAUGAAACGAACUUUAUUUUAUAAUAAAUAUGUAUUUUCUGUUGUG